GUCAACGUAAACAGUCAGCUAGCGUUUUGCUAGGGAGCAAACUGUUCUUUGUGUUUGAUAGCUAGUUUACUGUAUUACCGCGUUAUUACACGAAUUAACGCGAUUUAAUGAGAUAUACCAGAACUUCGUAGAUGUUUCUCUCUUAACGAUUGCAUUUGGUUGAAGAAGCCAGCUUUACCAACAAGAGAGCUUAGCUAUCUAGGUAACGUUGGCUAACGUUAACUGUCUUGUGUAACGUUACCAUGGACCAAUACAGUAUUUUGGGUAGAAUAGGAGAAGGAGCCCAUGGCAUUGUUUUCAAAGCAAAACAUAUCGAGGUAUGGAUUAAAAUCAGUUUCUUUGACUUAACUCAGCUAGCUAACUAGAUGUCUACUGUAGAUUGCUAGCUCUUCUUUGGCUCGCAGACAGUCAAGCCAUCAUCAGUAAAUAGGAACUUCUCAACUUAUGUUACCGUCUUUUCUCUGUCGUUUAGACUGGAGAGACCGUGGCUCUGAAGAAAGUAGCUCUGAGAAAGCUGGAGGAUGGGAUCCCCAACCAAGCCCUCAGAGAGAUCAAGGCUUUACAGGAGAUUGAAGACAACCAAUACGUGAGUUAUCGAUAUAUAGCCUAAACCCCUCAUAAUGUUGCCCAAGUUCAAUUGUAUGAUAGCACAUGCAACCCCUCACAUUUAGCAAGCCACCGCUAAUCCGUGAGGUUGUACUACACUGCUACUCACUAGAAACACUUUCUUUCCAUCCUCGUGUGUUGUCGUAGGUGGUGAAGCUAAAGGAUGUGUUCCCCCACGGUACAGGGUUCGUCCUGGUGUUUGAGUACAUGCUCUCCGACCUCUCCGAGGUCAUCAGGAACUCCCAGAGGCCUCUCACCGAGUCACAUGUCAAAGGUUACAUGAUGAUGCUGCUCAAAGGGGUUGCCUUCUGCCACGAGAACUCCAUCAUGCACAGAGUGAGUGUUGACGCACAAUGUCACGUCACUCCCGUUCUUAUAAACACACACACAUACACAUUACUGUGUUGUUCCCUGGUUAUACGCUAUAAUAAGGCGCUGUGUUUGUCUCUCUGCAGGAUCUGAAACCAGCCAACCUGCUCAUCAGCUCUACAGGUCAUCUGAAGAUAGCAGACUUUGGCCUGGCCAGACUCUUCAACAACGAUGGAGAACGCCUCUACAGUCACCAGGUGGCCACCAGGUACACUACAUACCAUAGAAACCAGACCACCUCUACAGUCACCAGGUGGCCACCAGGUACACUACAUACCAUAGAAACCAGACGGCCUCUACAGUCACCAGGUGGCCACCAGGGACACUACAUACCAUAGAAACCAGACCGCCUCUACAGUCACCAGGUGGCCACCAGGUACACUACAUACCAUAGAAACCAGACCGCCUCUACAGUCACCAGGUACACUACAUACCAUAGAAACCAGACCGCCUCUACAGUCACCAGGUGGCCACCAGGUACACUACAUACCAUAGAAACCAGACCGCCUCUACAGUCACCAGGUGGCCACCAGGUACACUACAUACCAUAGAAACCAGACCGCCUCUACAGUCACCAGGUGGCCACCAGGUACACUACAUACCAUAGAAACCAGACCGCCUCUACAGUCACCAGGUGGCCACCAGGUACACUGCAUACCAUAGAAACCAGACCGCCUCUACAGUCACCAGGUGGCCACCAGGUACACUACAUACCAUAGAAACCAGACCGCCUCUACAGUCACCAGGUGGCAACCAGGUACACUACAUACCAUAGAAACCAGACCGCCUCUACAGUCACCAGGUGGCCACCAGGUACACUACAUACCAUAGAAACCAGACCGCCUCUACAGUCACCAGGUGGCCACCAGGUACACUACAUAUCAUAGAAACCAGACCGCUUCUACAGUCACCAGGUGGCCACCAGGUACACUACAUACCAUAGAAACCAGACCGCCUCUACAGUCACCAGGUGGCCACCAGGUACACUACAUACCAUAGAAACCAGACCGCCUCUACAGUCACCAGGUGGCCACCAGGUACACUACAUACCAUAGAAACCAGACCGCCUCUACAGUCACCAGGUGGCCACCAGGUACACUACAUACCAUAGAAACCAGACCGCCUCUACAGUCACCAGGUGGCCACCAGGUACACUACAUACCAUAUAAACCAGUUUGCCUGAUUCACUGCAGGCUUUUCAUGGGCUGUGAUCUUUUUUUUCCACUAAUUGGUCUUAUGACCAAUAACAUCGGUACUUUUCACAUCAGAUCUUUUUCAGAGCUGAUCUGAUUGGUCAAAAGAAAAAUGAGAGUGAAAAUCAGAAUUGUGCUGCCUGUGUAAACAUUUACAUUUACGUCAUUUAGCAGACGCUCUUAUCCAGAGCGACUUACAGUUAGUGCAUACAUUAUUAUUAUUAUUACUUAAUUUUUUUCAUUCUGGCCCCCCGUGGGAAUCGAACCCACAACCCCGGCGUUGCAAACGCCAUGCUCUACCAACUGAGCUACCUCCCUGCCGGCCAAUUCCCUCCCCUACCCUGGACGACACUGGGCCAAUUGUGCGCCGCCCCAUUGGUCUCCCGGUCGCGGCCGGCUACAGCAGAGCCUGGAUUCGAACCAGGAUCUCUAGUGGCACAGCUAGCACUGCGAUGCAGUGCCUUAGACCACUGCGCCACUCGGGAGGUCGCAGCCACGAUGUCUUAGCUGAGGGAAUCAUUACUUACUUACUUAGGUCCAGCCCUUUUUGGGGAGCAUAGGCCACCAACGACUCCCCUGCCAUCGCACUCUGUUCAGAGCGGUCUUCUGUUCAGAGCGGUCUUCAAUAAUGAUCAUGUUCUGUAUAUGUUUUUCAGGUGGUAUCGAGCACCAGAACUGCUUUAUGGGGCAAGGAAAUACGACGAAGGUGUAGAUCUCUGGUAAGACGAUUCCAUUUCUCAUGUCACUGAUUGAUUGAUUAAUUAAUUGAUUAAUUAAAUCUAUCAAAAAAAUAUUAAUUGAUUUGAUGCUUGCAUUGAUAUCAUAUCCUGUAAUAACAGUUCAGUGAGAGUGCAUAAAGAGAGAGCUCAGAAAUUCAGCCAUUUCUUAUCAUCUACUGUAUAUACAGUUGAAGUCGGAAGUUUACAUACACUUAGGUUGGAGUCAUUAAAACUCGUUUUUCAACCACUCCACAAAUUUCUCGUUAACAAACUAUAGUUUUGGCAAGUCGGUUAGGACGUCUACUUUGUGCAUGACACAAGUAAUUUUUCCAACAAUUGUUUACAGACAGAUUAUUUCACUUAUAAUUCACUGUAUCACAAUUCCAGUGGGUCAGAAGUUUACAUACACUAAGUUGACUGUGCCUUUAAACAGCUUGGAAAAUUCCAGAAAAUGAUGUCAUGGCUUUAGAAGCUCAUCUGUACAAACAAUAGUACUCAAGUAUAAACACCAUGGGACCACGCAGCCGUCAUACCGCUCAGAAAGGAGACGUGUUCUGUCGCCUAGAGAUGAAUGUACUUUGGUGUGAAAAGUGCAAAUCAAUCCCAGAACAACAGCAAAGGACCUUGUGAAGAUGCUGGAGAAACAGGUACAAAAGUAUCUAUAUCCACAGUAAAACGAGUCCUAUAUCGACAUAACCUGAAAGGCCGCUCAGCAAGGAAGAAGACACUGCUCCAAAACCACCAUAAAAAAGCCAGACUACGGUUUGCAACUGCACAUGGGGACAAAGGUCGUACUUUUUGGAGAAAUGUCCUCUGGUCUGAUUAAACAAAAAUAGAACUGUUUGGCCAUAAUGACCAUCGUUAUGUUUGGAGGAAAAAGGGGGACACUUGCAAGCCGAAGAACACCAUCCCAACCGUGAAGCACGGGGGUGGCAGCAUCAUGCUGUGGGGGUGCUUUGCUGCAGGAGGGACUGGUGGACUUCACAAAAUAGAUGGCAUCAUGAGGAAGGAAAAUUAUGUGGAUAUAUUGAAGCAAUAUCUCAAGACAUCACUCAGGAAGGUAAAGCUUGGUCGCAAAUGGGUCUUCCAAAUGGACAAUGACCCCAAGCAUUCUUCCAAAGUUGUGGCAAAAUGGCUUAAGGACAACAAAAUCAAGGUAUUGGAGUGGCCAUCACAAAGCCCUGACCUCAAUCUUAUAGAAAAUGUGUGGGCAGAACUGAAAAAGCGUAUGCGAGCAAGGAGGCCUACAAACUUGACUCAGUUACACCAGCUCUGUCAGGAGGAAUGGGCCAAAAUUCACCCAACUUAUUGUGGGAUGCUUGUUGAAGGCUACCCAAAACGUUUGACCCAAGUUAAACAAUUUAAAUGCAAUGCUACCAAAUACGAAUUAAGUGUACAGUCGUGGUCAAACGUUUUGAGAAUGACACAAGUAUUGGUCUUCACAAAGUUCGCUGCGUCAGUGUUAUGAGAUAUUUUUGUCAGAUGUUACUAUGGUAUACUGAAGUAUAAUUACAAGCAUUCCAUAAGUGUCAAAGGCUUUUAUUGACAAUUACAUUAAGUUUAUGCAAAGAGUCAAUAUUUGCAGUGUUGUCCCUUCUUUUUCAAGACCUCUGUCAAUUAACUUCUGGGCCACAUCCUGACUGAUGGCAGCCCAUUCUUGCAUAAUCAAUGCUUGGAGUUUGUCAAAAUGUGUGGGUUUUUGUUUGUCCACCCGCCUCUUGAGGAUUGACUAGAAGUUCUCAAUGGGAUUAAGGUCUGGGGAGUUUCCUGACCAUGGACCCAACAUUUUGAUGUUUUGUUCCCCGAGCCACUUAGUUAUCACUUUUGCCUUAUGGCAAGGUGCUCCAUCAUGCUGGAAAAGGCAUUGUUCGUCACCAAACUGUUCUUGGAUGGUUGGGAGAAGUUGCUCUCGGAGGAUGUGUUGGUACCAUUCUUUAUUCAUGGCUGUGUUCUUAGGCAUAAUUGUGAGUGAGCCCACUCCCUUGGCUGAGAAGCAACCCCACACAUGAAUGGUCUCAGGAUGCUUUACUGUUGGCAUGACACAGGACUGAUGGUAGCGCUCACCUUGUCUUCUCCGGACAAGCUUUGUUCCGGAUGCCCCAAACAAUCGGAAAGGGGAUUCAUCAGAGAAAAUUACUUUACCCCAGACCUCAGCAGUCCAAUCCCUGUGCCUUUUGCAGAAUAUCAGUCUGUCCCUGAUGUUUUUCCUGGAGAGAAGUGGCUUCCUCGCUGCCCUUCUUGACACCAGGCCAUCCUCCAAAAGUAUUCGCCUCACUGUGCGUGCAGAUGCACUCACACCUGCCUGCUGCCAUUCAUGAGCAAGCUCUGCACUGGUGGUGCCCCGAUCCCGCAGCUGAAUCAACUUUAGGAGACGUCCUGGCGCUUGCUGGACUUUCUUGGGAGCCCUGACACCUUCUUCACAACAAUUGAACCUCUCUCCUUGAAGUUCUUGAUGAUCCGAUAAAUGGUUGAUUUAGGUGCAAUCUUACUAGCAGCAAUAUCCUUGCCUGUGAAGCCCUUUUUGUGCAAAGCAAUGAUGAUGGCACGUGUUUCCUUGCAGGUAACCAUGGUUAACAGAGGAAGAACAAUUUCAAGCACCACCCUCCUUUUAAAGCUUCCAGUCUGUUAUUCUAACUCAAUCAGCAUGACAGAGUGAUCUCCAGCCUUGUUCUCAUCAACACUCUCACCUGUGUUAACGAGAGAAUCACUGACAUGAUGUCAGUUUGUCCUUUUGUGGCAGGGCUGAAAUGCAGUGGAAACGUUUUUGGGGGAUUAAGUUCAUUUUCAUGGCAAAGAGGGACUUCUGACCCACUGGGAAAAGCUGAAAUAAAUCAUUCUCGCUACGAUUAUUCUGACAUUUCACAUUAUUAAAAUAAAGUGGUGAUCCUAACUGACCUAAGACAGGGAAUAUUUACUAGGAUUAAAUGUCAGGAAUUGUCAAAAACUGAGUUUAAAUGUAUUUGGCUAAGGUGUAUGUAAACUUCCGACUUCAACUGUAACAGUAGAUCAGAUGGCAGUAAUGAUGAGGGUUUUUCCUGUAGAUCAGAUGGCAGUAAUGAUAAGGGUUUUUCCUGUAGAUCAGAUGGCAGUAAUGAUGAGGGUUUUUCCUGUAGAUCAGAUGACAGUAAUGAUGAGGGUUUUUCCUGUAGAUCAGAUGGCAGUAAUGAUAAGGGUUUUUCCUGUAGAUCAGAUGGCAGUAAUGAUAAGGGUUUUUCCUGUAGAUCAGAUGGCAGUAAUGAUGAGGGUUUUCCUGUAGAGCAGAUGGCAGUAAUGAUAAGGGUUUUUCCUGUAGAUCAGAUGGCAGUAAUGAUAAGGAUUUUCCUGUAGAUCAGAUGGCAGUAAUGAUGAGGGUUUUCCUGUAGAUCAGAUGGCAGUAAUGAUGAGUUUUUUUCCUGUAGAUCAGAUGACAGUAAUGAUGAGGGUUUUUCCUGUAGAUCAGAUGGCAGUAAUGAUAAGGGUUUUUCCUGUAGAUCAGAUGGCAGUAAUGAUAAGGGUUUUCCUGUAGAUCAGAUGGCAGUAAUGAUGAGGGUUUUCCUGUAGAGCAGAUGGCAGUAAUGAUAAGGGUUUUUCCUGUAGAUCAGAUGGCAGUAAUGAUAAGUAUCUUCCUGUAGAUCAGAUGGCAGUAAUGAUGAGGGUUUUCCUGUAGAUCAGAUGGCAGUAAUGAUGAGUUUUUUUUCCCUGUAGAUCAGAUGGCAGUAAUGAUAAGGUUUUUCCUGUAGAUCAGAUGGCAGUAAUGAUAAGGGUUCUUCCUGUAGAUCAGAUGGCAGUAAUGAUGAGGGUUUUCCUGUAGAUCAGAUGGCAGUAAUGCUAAGUUUUUUUUCCUGUAGAUCAGAUGGCAGUAAUGAUAAGGUUUUUUUCCUGUAGAUCAGAUGGCAGUAAUGAUAAGGGUUUUCAUGUAGAUCAGAUGGCAGUAAUGAUAAGGAUUUUCCUGUAGAUCAGAUGGCAGUAAUGAUACGUUUUUUUUCCUGUAGAUCAGAUGGCAGUAAUGAUGAGGGUUUUCCUGUAGAUCAGAUGGCAGUAAUGAUGAGGGUUUUCCUGGUUCCACUAAAGACAAAUCAAAUCAAAUGAUGUCUCUAUUCGGCUGCGUUUACACACUAUUCUGAUAUUAUUAUUUAUUGUUUUGACCAAUCAGAGCUGCUCUGAAAAAGGUCUGAUGUGAAAAGAUCUGAUGUGAUUGGUCAAAAGACCAAUUAGUGAAAAAAAAGAUCAGAAUUGGGCUGCCUGUGUAAACAGAGACUUCUAGUCUGUGGAUAUAUAUGGUCUAAAGGUGAUGAUAUCUGUUGGUUUAGCUGCUUUCACCUACCUGAUGCUUAACCCCAAUCCUCUUCUGUCUGUGCUGUGCAUCCACAGGGCAGUGGGGUGUAUCUAACCCCAGUCUUUUCUGUCCACAGGGCAGUGGGGUGUAUCUAACCCCAGUCUUUUCUGUCCACAGGGCAGUGGGGUGUAUCCACAGGGCAGUGGGGUGUAUCUAACCCCAGUCUUUUCUGUCCACAGGGCAGUGGGGUGUAUCUUUGGAGAACUUCUGAAUAGCUCCCCUCUGUUCCCUGGAGAGAAUGACAUUGAACAGCUGUGCUGUGUUCUCAGAGUCCUGGGGACACCCAACCAGCGCAUGUGGCCGGUGAGCCUGCUCUCUGUCCAUCUGUCCAACUGUCCAACUGUCCAUACACACAAUAUGAGGGAUAUUCUACUGAAUAUUCGGUAGCAGUGGUGGAAAAAGUACUCAAAAGUCAUACUUGAGUAAAAGUAAAGAUACCUUAAUAGAAAAUGACUCAAGUAAAUGUGAAAGUCACCCAUUAAAAUACUACUUGAAUAAAAGUAUUUGGUUUUAAAUAUACUUAAGUAUCAAAAGUAAAUGGAAUUGCAAAAAUAUACUUAAGUAUCAAAAGUGAAAGUAUUAAUAAUUUCAAAUUCCUUGUAUUAUAAGAAAUCCCGCUAUGCCCUCCGACGAACCAUCAAACAGGCAAAGAGUCAAUACAGGACUAAGAUUGAAUCGUACUACACAGGCUCUGACGCUCGUCGGACGAGGCAGGGCUUGAAAACUAUUACAGACUACAAAGGGAAGCACAGCCGCGAGCUUCCCAGUGACACAAGACUUCAAGACGAGCUAAACCACUUCUAUGCUCGCUUCGAGGCAAGCAACACUGAAGCAUGCAUGAGAGCACCAGCUGUUCCGGAUGACUAUGUGAUCACGCUCUCCGUAGCCAAUGUGAGUAAGACUUUUAAGCGGGUCAACAUUCACAAGGCCGCAGGGUCAGACGGAUUACCAGGACGUGUACUCCGAGCAUGUGCUGACCAACUGGCAAGUGUCUUCACUGACAUUUUCAACAUGUCCCUGACUGAGUCUGUAAUACCAACAUGUUUCAAGCAGACCACAAUAGUCCCCGUGCCCAAGGACUCUAAGAUAACCUGCCUAAAUGACUACCAACCCGUAGCACUCACGUCUGUAGCCAUGAAGUGCUUUGAAAGGCUGGUCAUGGCUCACAUCAACACCAUUAUCCCAGAAACCCUAGACCCACUCCAAUUUGCAUACUGCCCCAACAGAUCCACAGAUGAUGCAAUCUCUAUUGCACUCCACACUGCCCUUUCCCACCUGGACAAGAGGAACACCUACGUGAGAAUGCUAUUCAUUGACUACAGCUCAGCAUUCAACACCAUAGUGUCCUCAAAGCUCAUCACUAAGCUAAGGAUCCUGGGACUAAACGCCUCCCUCUGCAACUGGAUCCUGGACUUCCUGACGGGCCGCCCCCCAGGUGGUAAGGGUAGGUAACAACACAUCUGCCACACUGAUCCUCAACACGGGGGCCCAGUCAUCCUGACUGGUUGCAUCACCGCCUGGUAUGGCAACUGCUCUGCCUCCGACCGCAAGGCACUACAGAGGGUAGUGCGUACGGCCCAGUACAUCACUGGGGCCAAGCUUCCUGCCAUCCAGGACCUCUAUACCAGGCGGUGUCAGAGGAAGGCCCUCAAAAUUGUCAAAGACUCCAGCCACCCUAGUCAUAGACUGUUCUCUCUGCUACCGCACGGCAAGUGGUACCGGAGCGCCAAGUCUAGGUCCAAAAGACUUCUCAACAGCUUCUACCCCCAAGCCAUAAGACUCCUGAACAGCUAAUCAUGGCUACCCAGACUAUUUGCACUGCCCCCCCACCCCAUCCUUUUACGCUGCUGCUACUCUGUUAAUUAUUUAUGCAUUGUCACUUUAACUCUACUCACAUGUACAUAUUACUUCAACUACCUCAACUAGCCGGUGCCCCCGCACAUUGACUCUGCACCGGUACCCCCCUGUAUAUAUAGCCUCCCUACUGUUAUUUUAUUUUACUUCUGCUCUUUUUUUCUCAACACUUUUUUGUUGUUGUUUUAUUUUACUUUUUUAUAAAAAAUUAAUGCACUGUUGGUUAAGGGCUGUAAGUAAGCAUUUCACUGUAAUGUCUGCACCUGUUGUAUUCGGCGCAUGUGGCCAAUACAAUUUGAUUUGAUUUGAUUUAUUAUGCAAACCAGACAGCACAAUUUUAUUUUAUUUAAAAAAAAAUACGGAUAGCCAGGGGCACACUAAAAUGCUCAUACAUUAAUUUACAAACAAAGCAUUUGUGUUUAGUGAGUCCACCAGAUCAGAGGCAGUAGAGAUGACCAGGGAUGUUCUCUUGAUAAGUGCGUGAAUUGGACCAUUUUCCUGUCCUGCUAAGCAUUCAAAAUGUAACGAGUACUUUAAGGGUGUCAGGGAAAAUGUAUGGAGUAAAAAGUACAUUAUUUUCUUUAGGAAUGUAGUGAAGUAAAAGUAAAAGUUGUCAAAAAUAUAAAUAGUAAAGUAAAGUACAGAUACCUAAAAAACAACUUAAGUAGUACUUUGAAGUACUUUACACCACUGUUCGGUAGUAGUUAUAAAAAUGGGUUAACUGUCUGUCAAUCAAAACAAACGUAUUGUCUUAAUGUUACUCUGUGCAUUCUGCAUCAUUCAGUCCAGUCAACUGCGAGCAUUCUGAAUGAAAUGAAAUCAAUUAUUGAAUUUAAUUGAAGGAGCUUGUGUGAUUCUAGAGGACAUUCAUUGUCUGUGUCUGUCUCUUUGUCAAUUCAGUUCAAUUCAAUUCAAUUUAAAGGCUUUGUUGGCAUGGGAAACAUAUGUUAACAUUGCCAAAGCAAGUGAAGUAGAUAGUAAACAAAAGUGAAAUAAAUAUUAACAGUAAACAUUACACUCAGAUGUUCCAAAAGAAUAAAGACAUUUCAAAUGUCAUAUUAAGUCUAUAUACAGUGUUGUAACAAUGUGCAAAUAGUUAAAGUACAAAAGGGAAAAUAAAUAAACAUAAAUAUGGGUUGUAUUUACAAUGGUGUUUGUUCUUCACUGGUUGCCCUUUUCUUGUGGCAACAGGUCACAAAUCUUGCUGCUGUGAUGGCACACUGGUAUUUCACCCAGUAGAUAUGGGAGUUUAUCAAAAUUGGGUUUGUUUUCAAAUUCUUUGUGGAUCGCUGUAAUCUGAGGGAAAUAUGUGUCUCUAAUAUGGUCAUACAUUUGGCAGGAGGUUAGGAAGUGCAGCUCAGUUUCCACCUCAUUUUGUGGGCAGUGUGCACAUAGCCUGUCUUCUCUUGAGAGACAGGUCUGCCUACGGUGGCCUUUCUCAAUAGCAAGGCUAUGCUCACUGAGUCUGUACAUAGUCAAAGCUUUCCUUAAGUUUGGGUCAGUCACAGUGGUCAGGUAUUCUGCCACUGUGUACUCUCUGUUUAGGGCCAAAUAGCAUUCUAGUUUGCUCUGUAUAUUUGUUAAUUCUUUCCAAUGUGUCACGUAAAUUAUCUGUUAGUUUUCUCAUGAUUUGGUUGGGUCUAAUUGUGUUGUUGUCCUGGGGCUCUGUGGGGUCUGUUUGUGAUUGUGAACAGAGCCCCAGGACCAGCUUGCUGAGGGGACGCUCUAGGUUCAUCUCUCUGUAGGUGAUGGCUUUGUUAUGGAAGGUUUGGGAAUAGCUUCCUUUUAAGUGGUUAUAGAAUUUAACGGCUAUUUUCUGAAUUUGGAUAAUUAGCGGGUAUCGGCCUAAUUCUGCUCUGCAUGCAUUAUUUUGUGUUUUAUAUUGUACACGUAGGAUGUUUUUGUAGAAUUCUACAUGCAGAGUCUCAAUUUGGUGUUUGUCCCAUUUUGUGAAUUCUUGGUUGGUGAGCGGACCCCAGACCUCACAACCAUAAAGGGCAAUGGGUUCUAUAACUGAUUCAAGUAUUUUUAGCCAGAUCCUAAUUGGUAUGUCGAAUUUUAUGUUCCUUUUGAUGGCAUAGAAGGCCCUUCUUGCCUUGUCUCUCAGAUCGUUCACAGCUUUGUGGAAGUUACCUGUGGCGCUGAUGUUUAGGCCGAGGUAUGUAUAGAUUUUUUUAUGUGUUCUCCAGGGCAACGGUGUCUACUUGGACUUAAAGGAAGGGAAGCACUGCUAAGGUACACAAUAGUAGGUUUUGGUAGACAGAAGGUGCUCUUUGGUAAAAGGGGUCAGUUGCUUAUCGUAAAGAAAGGAGGUCCAAGGCUCUUCGUAUAAUUCAUUAAAAUGCCUUUGCUGACAUCUAGUGGACAUUUGGCUCUAAUGCCCUCAUUUGUGUUUGGACUGCUGUGGUCCAUGUUUACUGUGAUCUGGUGUCCUAUACAAUAGACGGCUCUCCUACUCUUAACACUUUGCCCGGUCAUAUUCAAGGUUAGAACAACUUUUCUCGGAGUUCUGAUGCUUUUAGCCUUGAGUUGCAUAUUUGAUAACAUAUCUACAGUAUUUCACUUUUUUAAAGUGUUAUAGUAUUGCUUACUAGGUGUUGUCCAAUGAAUGAUGUAACCACUCCCUCUUCAAAUCAGGGUUGAUUAAAAAGAGGACAUUGUAUUGUCAUAUCUUUGUACUCCCUGACGAAGGCCAUGGAUCUUUUUUUAGAACUCCAUUAUUUUGUCUUAUUUUUGUCUCACUGAGAUUUACUGUCAGGGCCCAGGUCUGACAGAAUCUGUGCAGAAGAUCUAGGUGCUGCUGUAGGCCCUCCUUGAUUGGUGACAGAAGCACCAGAUCAUCAGCGAACAGUAGACGUUUGACUUCAGAUUCUAGUAGGGUGAGGCCGGGUGCUGCAGACUGUUCUAGUGCCCCUCGCCAAUUCGUCUCUCUCUCUCUCUCUCUCCCUCUCUCUCUCUCUCUCUCCGCAGGAGAUCACAGAGCUGCCUGACUACAAUAAGAUCACCUUUAAGGAGAACCCUGCCAUCCCUCUAGAGGAGAUAGUCCCUGAUACCUCGCCUCUGGCUGUGGACCUGCUCAACAAGUUCCUGGUCUACCCCUCUAAACAGAGGAUCAGUGCCAGACAGGUCAGAAACCGUUAUAGAAUAACAGAAUAUAACUUCCCAAAAGCUGUAUAGAAAUGAAGCUUUUUGUUUGCGUUGAUAGAUUAAAAAAAAUAUAUACUUUAAAAAUGGUUAUCAUCCUCAACUGUCUACCAUCCCGUUUUGAAAGUUGAAAGCCAAAAUGAGAGCCUGGUCAUUUCAGAUCUGUUUGUGCUGUCUUGCCGACUCCUAUAGUCCAUGUCUAGUGCCAAAGAUCUGGGAUGACCAGGCUAGAAAUGAGAGGUUAGAACAGAAGUUCAGUCUGUCUCACACCCCCCCCCCCCCCCCCCCCCCCCCCCCCCCCCCCCCCCCCCCCCCCCACCCCCCCCCUCCCCAGGCCCUGCUCCAUCCCUAUUUCUUCUCUGAGCCCCUGCCAGCCCACCACUCGGAGCUGCCUAUCCCCCAGCAUGGAGGGAAACAUUCCCGUCAGCGACUCCAGCCUCCUGUAGAGUUCUCUGUAGAUCUGCCCCUCUCAGAGAACCUGGUGGACCCUGCUUUGGUCCAGGGACACGCC